UUAUAUUGUAAGAGAAGAGCUGUCCAGAAUGCAUUUAAUGUACACUAUUGGUCCAGAUGGAAAGAGGUUAUAUACCUUGAAAAAGAACACCGAAGACGGUGAAAUCACCAAAUCGGCCCACCCAGCCAGAUUUUCUCCAGAUGACAAGUACUCCAGACAAAGAGUUACUUUGAAGAAGAGAUAUGGUUUAUUACCAACUCAACAACAAGAUUGAGUAGACUAGCUGGUAGUACUGGCAAAGUAGCAGGGAAGAGAAGAAUGCCAACAGAGCUGUAUCAGUAGGUCGAAUACGAAGAAGUGAAUGAAUCCUGAUUAUUUUCAUACAUGUACUAUAGUAAUAAAAUAUUGGCAUUAGAUUUGAAAGUUGUAGCCGCUGCGAUAGGACAAACUGCAGUACCCAUCUACUAAGAGUGAAUUCUGGUGCCUUUGAGGAUAGGGCUACCUAGAUGGAAAUAAAACAAUGGUUUGGGCAGUGAUGUGUAGAUAAGGGUACGGAGACGUCCGACCAGUAGUAUUCAGACAAACAGGCUGGGUCAUGGGACACGAGAUACGUACACACUCAAGGCUGCAAUAAGGAAAACACCUGGGGUCUUGACACGAUCACUUCUGACACUGGUAGACGAAUAUCUCAGAUCCGGUGGGAGUUGGCUUAUCAUAUAGGAUCGGUUUUGUCGCCUGUCCUCUCCAAAUCAAACGCAGCAUUGCUGGCAUACCCUUCCCACAACUGUGAUGCAAUUUCAAUGUCUAAGUUUCUUCUGUUGAUCUCUUGUAAGGACUUGUUCAUAGCAACAACAGACUCAUUCAAGUUUCGACAUUGUUGAUUAUACGUGAGAGCAAUGCACUCUGGGCUUGUUCGUGUGGAUUUUGCAUUGGAAAGACGUGUAUAUCUUGUUUUGUUUUGAUCUUGGCUAAA